AAAAAAACCUGGGAAAAUGGCCGCCAGUGGGUUCGCUGACGUAGCAGCGUUGCGGAGGCCGAUGGGCGGGGCCAGGGGAGAGAGUGCGACCCGGAAGUGGCUGCUGGGCGAGGCCUGAGAGCGUUUCCGGCAGCUGAGGAGGCCGGAGCGGGGAGAAGAGCGGGGUUAGGCCCAGGCAGCGGCCCUAGCUGGUCCCUGAAGCGAUGUGAGGAGAGAGGCGGCUAAUUCCCACCGGGCAGAUACCUGUGCAGAAGACAACAUGGACAGCAACAGCUACAUUCAGUUUGACGUUCCGGAGUACAGCAGCACUGUUCUAAACCAACUCAACGAGCUGCGGAUGCAAGGGAAACUCUGCGACAUUGUCGUCCACAUUCAGGGUCAGCCGUUCCGCGCACACAAAGCGGUGCUGGCAGCCAGUUCUCCUUACUUCCGAGACCAUUCGGCACUGAGUACCAUGAGUGGCUUAUCGAUAUCGGUUAUCAAGAACCCCAACGUCUUCGAUCAGUUGCUUUCCUUCUGCUACACUGGAAGAAUGUCUGUGCAGUUAAAGGACGUUGUAAGCUUUCUAACAGCAGCCAGCUUUCUCCAAAUGCAGUGCGUCAUCGAUAAAUGCACCCACAUACUGGAGACCAUCCACUCAAAAAUCAGCGUGGUGGAGGUCAACUCGGCCCCUGGUGAAGACGGGCUAAGCGGUCAGAAUGGCGUCAAAGACGACAGCUAUUUUGCUAACCCGGUAGAAAUAUCCCCUCCUUACUGCGGGACGGUCCGACACACUAUCAUAGGCAGCGAUUCAAAGAUGGAAGCCAUAUCCAGCAAAACGCUAAGAAGCCGAUCCCAGGAGGAGGGCCAUUCAGACAGAGGGAGCAGCGGCAGUAUCUCGGAACACGAGAUUCAGAUCGAAGGCGAUCCCGACCAAGUCGACAUUCGAGAGAACCAAAUCACCGAGGUGAAAGUAAAAACGGAGAAAUCCGACCGGCCAAGCUGCUCCGAUAGCUCUUCUCUUGGCGACGACGGCUAUCACACGGAAUUGGUCGACGGCGAGCAAGUGGUGGCUGUGAAUGUAGGCUCCUACGGGUCCGUGUUGCAACACACAUAUCCCUAUUCACAAGCUGCUUCCCAGGCCAGCAACAUAUCCGAGUCCUAUGGAAACAUAAGCAACUCCAGCCCUUCCAGGUCGUUGCUAAACUGUUACCGGGGAGGCCGGGCACGGCAAAAGAGAACUUCCAACGUGCCCAGCGACAUACAAAAUGUGAUACAAAGCUCCGAAAGUGAAACGGUGGUCAGCACCCCAAGCUACGAGACCAGUCCGCGUGAAAAAUCGGGCAGGGGCUACUGGCACCCCUACAACGAAAGACUCAUCUGUAUCUACUGCGGCAAGACCUUCAACCAAAAAGGCAGCCUCGACCGACACAUGCGCCUGCAUAUGGGAAUUACCCCUUUCGUGUGCAAGUACUGCGGGAAGAAAUACACGCGGAAAGACCAGCUGGAAUAUCACAUACGAGGGCACACAGACGACAAGCCCUUCAAAUGCGAGGUGUGCGGCAAAUGCUUCCCUUUCCAGGGCACUCUGAAUCAACACUUAAGGAAAAACCAUCCUGCCGUGGCGGAGGUCCGAAACCGCAUGGAGUCGCCCGAGAGAACAGACGCGUACCUGGAGCAAAGUAACGAUGCUUCCGAGGCAAAUAUUGACUCAAACGUUGAAAUUCACACAGUGUCUACCAGCCCCGAAUAACCAUUAUGUUGCCACGAGGGCAUAAGUGUACAAAGCACAUAUAUAACAUUAAUCAAUGCAUAGUUUUCCCCUCUCUGCUUCUUUGGUGAUGUAUCUCUCGCGCAAACGAGAGCUACUCUUCACGAUUUGAUUUUUAUUUUUUUGGGGGGCGGGGGAAUGGUUUCAUGACGAGAUGGAAAAUUUUGGGAGAUACGCUAAAAAAUUUAGGUUUCCCUUUACUUUUUGACCUUUUUGGUUUUUUUUUCAUUGUCCUUUUUGCUUUUUUAAGGAGACAGGGUACGUUUGCACUCCUGAAGAAGCGUAAAAAAAAGGUUUGGGGGGGGUUGGGGAAUGUGAAUGAAAUUGGUGAUUUGAUACUAUUUUAACAAAACUCAAGUAUUUCAAGUUGUCUGUCUACAGUUUUUGAGGAUAACCUGUACUGCCAAGGUGCAAAUGUUGCCUUUACCAAUACAAACACCGUGUUAUCAAACCUGCACUUAAUGGGCGUAGAGGUCGGUGCUCCAUUUUUUAGACAGGAUUAUACACUUCAUUGUAACCGUAUCUGUUAUAAGCUUCCAGUUUUUACUUUGGACAAUGAAGAACUGCUCUUAUUUUAUAGCUCGUUUUCAAUCCUGAGUGGCCGGCGCCUCGUGUUGGAUCGGGGGCCAUGACGGCGCCCAUUGCAGAUCUUAAUUUUGAUGCAUGGUUCAAUUACUGUUUAAUUUAGGACGGUGAAGCCUUGUUCAGCUCUUAUUUCGCAGCUCAUUUUCAGCCCUGGAGUAGCCGUUUGCCUAUUUGAGGAUCUUGGGGGGGCCAUAAUGGCGCCCGUCGGAGAUCCUCCAUUUUGACGCAUGGUUCAAUUUUGGACAAUGAAGACACGUUCAACUCUUAUUUUGCAGCUCGUUAUAAGUCGUAAGAUUGGGGCGCCCCUAACUGGGCGCGGCAGAUCCUGAUUUUAUUGCAUAGCGCUUGUGCCCAUAGGUUUGCUUUGGGGCGUGGAUUUUAAUCUUGGGCAGCAGUGUUUUUAGUUGCUUCUGAAUAAUUAUCUUGGGUUAAUUUGGCUACUGAUAACUUACACUAUCGAUUUUCUGAUUUAUCGUCGUUAGCAACCGUAGUUGUAGUGGUUCUGUAGUAGGACCAUGGCAGAGCGAGAUCAUUUAUGGGGUGGUUCCCUGUAAGACUGAAGCUUAUUCGUCGAUGAAUGUUGGUUGUUACAAUGGCGGAUGCACGUUUUUUUUCCGAAAGUGAACCUUAUACCUCUGCAUCUCUCCAUACCCGGCCUGGAUGCCAUAACUGUACUAGUUGGUUAGACAUAUUGGUUCCUCCCACUGACGGGAGAGGUAGAAGCUGGAAUUUGUGGUGCUGAUUUUUUUUUUUUUUUUUAAUUUUAUCACAAUUUUGUAGGGUUUUUUUUUUUGUUGACAGCUCCAAGUUGAUUGUGUGUUUUACAUUUAUACCUAUUAAUCGUUCAUUGUUUAGGAGAAAGCCCUAGAAUUCGCCCUCAUGUAGCCGACUCUCGGGGGAUGCUGGGAGAUGUGCUACAACAGCUAAAGGGUGACUGGGUGUUUAGAUUGGAUCGGUGUUUAAUGACACUGCUUAGUGGGUUGGACUCUAGCACCAUGAAGGAAAAAGGGAGUUUUCAUUUUUACUGUGCUAAGAAUACCUCUAGACCUGUCUUGUCCUUUAAAAUAUCGUCCCCUCCCCCACCCAUUAAAGCCAAUGAGACCUCAUGAAUUGAUAUUACAAGACUUACUUUAGUUGCAUACCCUAAAUUUCCUUAAUUCUCCUUAUAUUGUACAUAGCCACUUUUUUUUUUUUUUUUUUUUUUUUUAGAUCUAUAGUUGGAGACGUUCGGUGAACCGAACGUUGGACUUUACACGUGGUGCUAAUUUUUUAAUUAGGUCUGUACAGUGUAUAAAUGUGAAACCCAAAGGUAUCGGAUUUUCUUUCUCUUAAUCAAGACCUCCAGUUUCACGGCAGACGCCAUAUUGUUCCUGGCUCCUGAAUUGAAAUGAAAAGUAGAUGAAAUGACUUUUUUGUAACCCUUCCAACUUUUUUGACAGAGUUUUCAGUUUACCAAAGAUCGAGGAGGUUUUUUUCAAUCACACUUUUUUGGCAUGUUACCCCCCACAAGGAUGUAGGGAAACCCCUCUACCGUGAAAGGGAUCCGUUCUUCCACUAAUGUCUGUUUAGGAAAAAAAGCCAGGAUAGGGUUUUUUUUAAUUCUUUCCCUAAGACAAAAUGUCAAUGUUUUUAAGGUGGCCAUACACGGGCCGAUUCUAGCUGCUGAUGUGUGUCCUUUAGACCAAUUCAGCUGUUUAUGGGCACUAACGACGGGCCUCCCCUGACCUGAGAAAUCGAGCAGAUCUUGAUCGGGCAGGUUUGAUUUUUCUGCCGGUUUGGUGGCCAUAUUGGCUCGUUGACGUGGUCCCCAAACCGAUGGGCACCUAUACCCAUCAUUCUAAUUUUAUAGUUUGGUCCCUGGGUCCAAACUAUCCACUCGUAGGUGGGGAUAUCGGGAAAAGAUUCACUUGCUUUGGUGACAGUGUAUGGCCACCGUCGUAGCCGUGUCAGGACAGCCACUUAUUUUUUCGGGAUGCACCGAAUUUAGCAUUUUGUUUGGGAUUCUGCCUUUUUCAGCAGGACUCAGAUCGGUAUUCAGUUAAAUCUCUCGUGAAGGAUUCGGGCAAAUCUCUUGCAAAGGAUUCGGCCAAAUCUCUCGUGAAGGAUUCGCCCAGAUCCCAAAAUCAUGGAUUCGGUGCAUCCCCUACUCAUUGUAUCCUUUGAAUACAAGUUCAUAGUUUCCUGUUGGUGUAUCUGGCCUUUAUUUGAUCAAUUUCUAUUGCGACCUCCAAUUCUAGGAAAAUCCAAGCCAUAAUGUAAGGUGGGCAUUGGUUGUUGACAGUUCAUUUAUGGUUAAGCGCAUCGUGGCUGCCGUGACGUUCAACCUUUACAAGGCAAUUUAGUUAUGUGAUGAGAGUCGAGAGGGCUAACCUUAACGUUUUUGACCACAAUUUCUAAUCUUGUGCCUUGUAAAUAAAAAUAUAUAUAUUCUGUAGAAGGCGUCGUGCAGGGACGGGGAUGCUUUGCACCAUGGGGACGUGCGAAUGUUGCCUAUUCAUGGUUUAGUGCCUCCGAUGGUGCGGUGGUGCCUUCCCUAUGUGGUCCAUGUACUACACUGACUGUUAGAUGCUUGGGACAACGGUGAGCCCUCAAUGGGACAGGAUCUUAGAAAGCUUUUGGGUAUUUUAUUGGAAAUAAUUAAGGUUCACUGUGCUAAACAUCAUCCAAAUAUAGUUUGGAUAUUUUUUUUUUUAUAUUUACUAAAUCCCACCGACUCGUUUUGUCACCUUGCAGUGAUUAAGGGGCAGAUUUAUUAAUAUUUGAGAAGUCUUGUUUAAUUUUCAAUCUCUAGCAUUUAUUUUGCUUUAAAUUUCUUGCCCGAAAACGGCCGAAAAUGUUUCUUGUAUUGUGAAAGGAAAUGGGUCAAACAAGUAGACCUUUUACCUGGUUUGGCCACCAAAAAUGCUGGGCCAAAUUGGGACGAUGUGAUUGUUUGGCCUCUGGGCCAAUGAUCAAAUUAUAUUGGGGGGCCUAGGUUUAACGUCUGGAGAGGGCUCCUCAAUGUGCAGAUGUGGUCCUCGUCCGGUGGGAUAAGUCUAACCUGCCAGAUAUGCUGGAAGGCCCUGUGCACAGAUGGUUGAGUUGGUAACCCUGUUUGGAAGGGUCAGAGCUCCUAUCGACCCACGAUUGGUCAUCCUUAGUGUCUAAGGCAGUGGUUCUCAACCUUACUAAUGCUGCGACCCUUUAAUACAGUUCCUUGUUUUGUGGCGACCCCCCAACCGCAAAAUUAUUCCUAAGACCAUCGGAAAUAUGUGUUUUCCGAUGGUCUUAGACGACCCCUGUGAAAGGGUUUUUCGACCCCCAGGUUGAGAACCGCUGGUCUAAUGAGUCUUGAUCUGGUUUUUGAAGAAUAAUUUGUCUUGAACUUUGAUAAAUCGGCCCCUUAGUUUUACUGCCCACACCAAUACAGUUUAGUGUCAUCUGGAGGCAUACAGGUUGGCCGCCCCAGUAUAGUAACCCUUGAAGCUACGGCGCACAACACUGGGCACGCAACACCCUUUCCUACUUAUCUCCAUACAUUACAGAGUGGUUGAAUACUUUCAUUUGUUGCCUUGAACACUUAAGCUGGGCAGUUGUAGAGCCUCUCCUUCAUCUGCCCUUUUAAGUGAUGUGACUCCUCUCUUCUUCCUCCUAUCCAUCUAGAGAAAUGUGAAAAGGAUGAUUCUCUUCUUUCCCAUCCUAUAAAUGUUGAAUCUGUAAUGAGACUGUGAACUCUGACUUUUCUUUUUUUUUUUAUAUAUAGAUUGUGGGUUUAAAAAAAUGCAUUUUUACCCCUUUCUAUGGGGUAAAAAUGAUCACAUCUGUACAUAAAAUAAAGGGUUUUUUUUUUCUUUGUAUUUACAUUUUUAAAGAUAUUAAGUUAACAUGGCUGCCAUGGUCCGUCACUGGUUACUCGCGGAACGUUUACUGCCUGACCUCGGGCUUCCUUUCCGGUUAAGCAAAAACAGGAAGUCCAAGUGGAAGCCAUUUCCUUAAGCUGAAGCCCCGCCUCUUUAAACAUGCCAAAUUUCAUCGCGUUUGCUUAUUUUUUUUUUUCCAUGUGGUGGCUGAGGUGCGGCUGAACUAGAAACAGGUGAACCAGUUCCAAAGGGCUGGGGGUGAGAAGUCACAAACAAGCUUUACGUAACCCCUCGAGGAGGCCAGCGUUUGGGUUUUUUUUUUUUUUUCCUUUCUCUAGUGAGAGACCUAUCUGGCUAAGGGUUAUUAAAACAAAAAAAAAAAGUAUUUAA